CCAGCUAAUUACUUAAAUGGAUCAUGAAACAGGCAAGCCCCAACGAUGCUCAGAGAGAGGCUGAACGUAUAAAAGGGCAGAUCAACAGUUGUUGACCGCACUCUCCACUUACCCUGACAGACUCUACCAAGCUCCCAGACAAUCUGAAAAGAGAACUCUUCCAAAGAUCUUCCAGAGAUGGCAAAGGUUUUCAAGAAGACCAGUCGUAAUGGAGGGCUCAGCCUCUACCUGGGGAAGAGGGACUACGUGGACAGCUUGACCAGUGUGGAAAAAGUUGAGGGAGUUGUGUUGCUGGACCCAUCUACCCUUGGAGACAAGAAAGUGUUUGUGCAGCUGGCAUGUGCUUUCCGGUACGGUAAUGAAGACCUGGAUGCCGUGGGCCUGUGCUUUAGGAAGGACAUCUGGAUCCACCAUCUUCAGAUCUACCCUGAGUCCCACAAGCCUACUCUGACCCCCAUGCACGAGACCCUGCUGAAGAAGGCUGGAGACAACGGACACCCUUUCACUUUCGAAAUUCCCACAAACCUGCCAUGCUCAGUCUCUCUGCAACCUGGACCAGAUGACAAGGGAAAGGCUUGUGGUGUCGAUUUUGAGGUUAAGGCUUACCUUGCCGUGGAAAAGAGCAACCCUGAUGAAAAGAUUGAGAAGAAGGACACAGCUCGCCUUGUCAUUCGCAAAAUCCAGUACGCCCCCACUGAGGUGGGCGGUGGGGUGAAGGCCGACAUCUGCAAAAGCUUCAUGAUGUCGGACAAGCCUGUUCACCUGGAAGCUUCAUUGGACAAAGAUCUCUACUUUCACGGUGAAGCAAUCCCAAUCAAAAUCAAAAUCAACAACGAGAGCAACAAAACAGUUAAGAAAUUCAAAAUCACUGUGGAGCAAACCACAGAUAUUGUCCUCUACUCAGCAGACAAAUAUAGCAAGACGGUUCUGAACGCAGAGUUUGGAGAGACAGUGGAGGCCGAAAGCUCCUACAACAAUACCCUGAACAUCACCCCCAUGCUGGCUGACAACAAGGAAAAAAGGGGACUUGCACUGGACGGACAACUGAAAGAAGAGGACACUAACUUGGCCUCCACCACUGUACUGGGACCAGGUGCAGAUAAAGAAGUGAUGGGAAUUUUAGUUUCCUACAAGAUUAAAAUUACCCUCAUGGUGGCCGGAGGAGGCCUGCUGGGCGGCCUUACUGCCAGCGAUGUUUCAGUGGAGCUGCCACUGAAGCUCAUGCACCCCAAACCUGAAGGUAUUUUUGGAAUAACUCACACAAACAAACCUCACAUUUGUCCUCCAAUACCUUUUGGCUUUUGUAAUUGUUUCACCCUCUCAUCCUACUAUUUUCUUUCUUUCACAUCAACUUGCUUCCCCAAAUUGAGCAGAGUAAAGACCACUCAGCAGAGGACGUUACACUUGGGCUUGAGAAGAAACCCACAGAAUGAAGGGAAGACAAUGAGAGGAUGUGACACAAGAAUGAAAAGAAGAAGGAUGUGCCUGGUGUAAUGAAUCAACAAUAACCGAGCAACUGAGGAGAACAACCUUUUCAACACACUGCAUGGAUCCUCUUACAGAUUGUGUUCUUUUAGUUGUUUAUUUACUUUAUUUUAGCUGUAGAUGAAGUAAUCAGACUGCAAAAUAGUAUCCAACAUUUAGAGACAAAAUUCUUUUCACCUCACUUCAGAGUAAAACCACUGUGCAUCGGAUUGCAGUGGUACACAAAUCUAUUACUUUGAUUUUCCCUUUUCUCUUCCUGAAACGUGUCGGAUAAUGUUUCGGAUGUCAAGUUGAAUAACCCAUAAUACAAUAAAAUUUAAUGUAAAAACAGAA